AUGUUACGCAGACCGAUGAUUGAAAAUGAUUAUACAACUUCUACCUCUGGCACUCGAGAUCGGCGGGUUGGUGCUAUAAAACGAGACCUGCGGAGGGCUGUACCGAGUUACGCGGCAAGUCCGCGUGACAACCGAGUACCCAUUGGAGCCAUUCCAGCCAGGGUCAGAGCUCUGAGAGAGAGCAAGGCGUCAGAUGGCCAUACACGACAAGGGCCUGAGGGCAUCAGAACUGCCAGGUUCCGAGCGAAGCUGCAAGUCCCAGGGCCUAUCUAUGGGCGAACGAGAGCAGCAGCAGCUGCUGGUCCUGUUGCCAGUGGCCAGGCUCGUCGUGAUAGUCGUGUUGGGUAUCAGAGACGGCAGAAAAUUACGUUGGGUGUUGGGGGUAGCUCCUCCUCCUCUACUUCAUCACGGAGGGACAAUCAUGUUCGUGGACCUGCUGCUGCUCCGGUUGUGGUUACAGAUGAGGACCGUCGACAAGGGAAAGUCCUCGAGGGAGUGGUACUUAAGAGACGGCAACGAGCCCAGGUUCGCGAGGCUCGACGAGUGAGCUUGUUGGAGCAUCGUCGUGAUCUAUACGAGUCGUGUAGGGCAUAUCGCCGAUAUCUACUCCAGCAUGGGCUGAGGUCCAAGCAGGAGAGGGAUGUAGGGCCAUGGUCCAUCGAAGACCUUGCCGACGAUGUAGAGGACUUGGAGAGAAAAGUCUUCGAGGAAGUUGGAGAGAUCGGGUGUAUGGACCGAGUUUACUAUUGA